CCGCGCAGCUUGAUUAAAAAACUGAAUAAAAUCAAAACCAAAUAUCCAAAUCAUAUUAAAACCUAGUGUUUGUAGUGUAAUAAAAGUAUUAUUAUAAUCCUAGACCUUCACUGAUCUUAUAUUACCACCAUGCAAGACGAUCUCGAAGUAACUGGUGUAUCGCGAAGCGGGCGAGUAAGGAAGAAGAGUUCUAAAUUGAUGGACUUUGAGUCCCCGGAUGACAUCGAAACGCGGUUCCGUCGCCAGACACCAGUCAAAUCGUACGCUGGUUUUCGACAAGAGGUCGAGCAGCCAGAAUAUCAGGAACCGCCUCCAAAGCCGAUGGAAGAAGCUGGUACCGCGUCAGGCAGCGAGUCUGAUUACUAUGAGAACACCGGCGAAAAUGCGGACAGUAUGGAAACAGACAGUUCAGGGUCUGAGGAAGGAUCCACUCGCACACCAGCCAACUCGCUAUACAUGAUGGAGAAAAGCAAUAAGAAGAAGCUUAUUGUUAAAGAUGGCAAGGUGGUAGGUCGAGCUAAAGCACAAAGAAAAGAUAAGGGCAAAACCCGUAUCACUGCAUACAUGAUGUGGGCAAAGGAAGCUAGAAAUGAAUUACUAAGAAAACACCCUGAUAUGGACUUUUCGGCUAUAUCAAAACGCUUGGGAGAAAUGUGGGCUAAUGUAAAUUACAAUGAAAGAUAUUUAUGGAAGCGCAAAGCCAAGAGAUUUGCAAUGCUAAAGGUACAAGAAACUCAAGGAACAAACAAGAUUAUUUCUAACCCUGUGGUUCGUCCGUCCCCAAGUGCGGGCCCCGGUCGUCCUGCGGGAAGGCAGAAGCAAAUAGUUGCUGUAACACCACCGCAACAAGCUCUUGUGCCAGUAAGCGCAAACACGAAUGUAACGAGCAGCGGCAUGUACCGAGUGACUGGCUCUGGAGCGCUAGACGUAGCCGCGCAUCUACGGCUGCUGGGGGAGAGCCUUGCUAUCAUCGGUGAACGACUGAAAGAGCAUGAGGGUCAGAUAGCCGUCUCCGGGUCUGUAUCCGUACUAUUGGAUACGUUACUAUGUUCGCUAGCUCCAUUGUUGGCGGUCACCCGCGCGGUGCCCGCCAUAGCGCCCCCGGCCCGCCUGCUGCAGGACACGCUGCACAACAUCGCGUACAUCAUGCCGGGCCUGUAAGCGGCCCGCCGGCCCGCCUGCUGCAGGACACGCUGCACAACAUCGCGUACAUCAUGCCGGGCCUGUAAGCGGCCCGCCGGCCCGCCUGCUGCAGGACACGCUGCACAACAUCGCGUACAUCAUGCCGGGCCUGUGAGCGGCCCGCCGGCCCGCCUGCUGCAGGACACGCUGCACAACAUUGCGUACAUCAUGCCGGGCCUGUGAGCGGCCCGCCGGCCCGCCUGCUGCAGGACACGCUGCACAACAUUGCGUACAUCAUGCCGGGCCUGUGAGCGGCCCGCCGGCCCGCCUGCUGCAGGACACGCUGCACAACAUCGCGUACAUCAUGCCGGGCCUGUGAGCGGCCCGCCGGCCCGCCUGAUGCAGGACACGCUGCACAACAUUGCGUACAUCAUGCCGGGCCUGUGAGCGGCCCGCCGGCCCGCCUGCUGCAGGACACGCUGCACAACAUCGCGUACAUCAUGCCGGGCCUGUGAGCGGCCCGCCGGCCCGCCUGAUGCAGGACACGCUGCACAACAUCGCGUACAUCAUGCCGGGCCUGUGAGCGGCCCGCCGGCCCGUCAAGUGACCCUACGCCAAGUGAUAUGUAUUACGUGACCCCGCGACAAAUGACCACCCGUGAAAUAAUCCCGCUCCAAGUGAUACGCGUCGUGUGACCCCUUUCCCGUGCGUUUAAUCCAAUGCAAUGACAUUUUCUCGAGAAAGAUUUUGUUCUGGUGCGUUGACAAUGUGACAACUAGUGUUUGUUUAAGCAAGGAAUCGUCUGAUAAUGUUGAAAUGAAUUUGUCAAAAUUG